ACAGGAGGUAGGUGGGGCUGGGAUAUACGAAGCACACAAGCAGCCUUCAAAUCUACCCUCGCGCUGCUGCAGAACUGUCCACAGCUACUCGCAAUAUUUUCCUCCCUCGCGCAAAAAGAAUAAAAGGAAAACACCCAAACAAACAAAUAAAUAACGCGCCCCACCCCAAAUCUCAGCAAAGGUUCUCUCUUUUGCCAAGAGCUCUUUAAAGCACCUGUGAACUUCCGGGCAAAAGAAAACAGUAACCACUUCUCUCAAAAAACAAACAGUCCUUUCUUCCUCCUCCUCCUCCUCCUCCCCAAACAAUCCUAGACCAGGAAGUGGGAGAAAAGUCUGAAAUCCGGUUUCCUUUGCUGCGAUCGCUGAUGGCGUUGCUUGGGGCGACCCGGUUGUCCGAAGCGCGCAGCUGAAGACCCCGGAGAGCGCUUCCAAAAGGUCGCCUUGACAAUGGCGAAGGCGCGCUUGGUGCAAAACGCCACCCUCGCGCGUAAAGAGAGCAGCAGCGGGUUUCUUUCCAGCGGGUGGUACUACUCAAACCAGACUUUGCUCUUAGGCGUCUUGUUGGCAAUCGCAGGAAACAUUCUCAUUAGCAUCUCUUUGAAUCUGCAGAAAUACUGUCAUCUUCGACUCAUGCGUCAAGGCAGUCAGAAGCCCUUUUACAGAAGCAAGCUUUGGUGGUUCGGCAUUAUACUCAUGGGGGCUGGAGAAAUUGGGAAUUUCGCCGCCUACGGAUUUGCUUCAGUCAUGCUCGUUGCUCCAUUAGGAAAUGUGGCUGUCAUAGGUAGUGCAGUUAUUUCUGUCUUAUUCCUAAAAGAGUACAUAAGAUCCGAAGGUAUAUUAGGUGGAACUGUGACGAUGGCAGGAACAUUUUUGGUGGUGACCUUUGCUCCCCGCGUUACCCAGGAAGUCACGGCAAGAAAGAUACAGAAUGAUUUAGUUAACUGGCAGUUCCUGAUUUAUGUGCUCCUGGCAGUAAUAGCAUUCUGCAUUCUUUUGUAUUUCCAUAAAAGAAAGAAAGUGAAUCACAUUGUGAUUUUGCUAACAAUGGUAGCAGUGCUAGCAUCUCUGAACAUCGUUUCAGUAAAAGCCGUGGCAACCAUGAUUACACUUUCUGUGAGAGGGAACAUGCAGCUAACCUACCCUGUUUUCUAUAUCAUGCUCAUUCUGAUGGCAGUAACAUGUGCUUUCCAAGUCAAGUUUUUAAAUGAGGCAAUGAAGCUCUAUGGUGCAGAAGAGGUCAUCCCAAUGAACUACAUAUUCUUCAGCAUUAGCGCUAUUGUGGCAGGGGCCAUAUUUUAUCAGGAAUUCCGAGGUACUGGUUUGCUGAGUGGCUUCAUGUUUCUCUUUGGGUGUUUUCUGUCGUUUGUUGGGGUGUUUAUACUCACACGGAAAAAAGGCAAGGAAUGUUUGAGAAGUUUUUAUAUCGACUAUGGACAGAUUCCUGGAAAGGAGAUGAGGAGUAAAAUACAGCCAGAUUCAACCAGCUUAUCCUACGGCUCUUUAUGUAAUGAAGGUGACUCUGUAAAGACUCAAAGCUAAGAGAAUAGAGCGUUUUAAAUUCCA